AUGUAUAAUGCUCAUGAUAAUGAGGAUGAUGUGAAAUUAGAACCAAGACCUGAAUUUGAUGAGAUUCAAAAAGUUUCAUUCAAGUCAUACCAUCCUUUUACGAAUGAUUUAUUUGAUGAUAAAUCUAUCAUUAACUUAUUUCAAUAUUUUUUUAAAUUAUUUAAUACACAUUAUGAACCGGUAUAUAUAGUUAAUAUGUUGAGACAAUAUUUUAUAGAUAAUAAAAUAAAUCCUUCGAAUACUUUCAAACAAUUAAUUCAUCAUAAAGAUCAAAUAUAUUUUUCAAGUAUGAUUGGAUAUUUUUAUCAAUUUCGUAUUGGUACAGAUAUUAGUUAUAGAUUUGCAAUUAAAUUUUAUUCACGUUCAAAUCUUCAAGUAAAAAAAUCUUUAAGUAAUUCCAAUUUAUUUUCUGAAUUAAUUGAAAAUAAUUGGAUUAUCGGAAAAAUUUCUCUAGCAUAUUUAUAUUUUUAUGGGAUUGGAGUUAAAAAGGAUAUUGAUAAGGCAUUUCUUUUAUAUAAUGAAGUUGCUAAAAAUAAUUAUGGUUUAGGACAAUAUUUUGUUGGUAAAUGUUUUGAAGAAGGUUAUGGAGUAGAAAAAAAUAAUAAAAAGGCCUUUGAAUG